CCUAGUCAUCAAACCCUUUGUCUCUUCUUCCUAAAGCAAAACACCUCCUUUAUAAUCAUCUUUUUCAUUUUUUUUCCAUCUCCAUCUCCAUCUCCACCUCCACUCCUUAUAUUCAUUAUAGAUCAGAUUACCACCAACUAAUAUACGUUGAGGGUUCUGGUGUUGCUGAGAGCAAGAGAAAGGGAGAGGAGGAAAGAUGUCUGAUUGGGGGCCGGUAUUCGUGGCAGUGGUGUUGUUCAUACUGCUAACACCGGGGCUGCUGAUUCAGGUUCCAGGAAAAUCCCGGUUCAUAGAGUUUGGCAACUUUCAGACCAGUGGUUUAUCCAUCCUGGUGCAUUCUAUAAUUUACUUUGCACUCAUCUGUAUCUUCCUCUUAGCUGUCGGUGUGCACAUGUAUUCAGGAAAAUUUCUUGUAAUGGCGGAUUGGGCUCCUGUACUUGUUGGGGUGGUGCUAUUUGUGUUGUUAUCGCCAGGACUUCUGUUUUCGUUUCCAGGGAACAGCAAGCAGCUGGAGUUUGGGAGCAUGAAAACUAAUGGCAAGGCCAUUGCUAUCCACACUCUUCUCUUCUUUGCCAUCUAUGCUGUUUUGAUCCUGGCUGUCCAUCUCCAUAUCUACACCGGCUGAGCCUGGUGGCACUUCUCUGUCGGUGAGAGUCUUGUUUUCGGUGUCUCUAUUCAAGAUCUAUGUUGGGUUUUAUAUGGUUAGACUUUGUAUUACCUUGAUUUUUUUUCCUUGGACCAAUGAAGUUUGUGGCACAGAUCUUUAUCUGGCAAAGUUGACCUUUUUUGUCAGAAAAAUACAAUCUUUUUUCCUCACUUUCAAGAGAAGGGCUUUAAGUUCUUUGUCCAAUUUUUUAACCUUGACCAUCUGAAUUAAUUAAA